AUGAACAAAUUUUGGUGGCACGGUGACCUGAACGUGGUGGUGUUCAAAGACGUGUGCUGGUUGGUGAGGCCAAGACCCGUGGUGGCUAGCGGAUUCAGAGCAGGGGGAGUGGAGGGCACAAGGUGGAGGUUCCAGGGUGGCUCUCGAGGUGGCCACGCGGUGGCUUUGGUGGAGGCGCAGUGUCUACUUGGGGAAGAUGAAACCGCGACAGUUUAA